AAAUAAACAAACAACAUGAAGCUCGACGACAUUCUUCCUUUGCUCGGCAACUUUGGCCGAUACCAAUUGCUUGUUUUUACCUUAGCUGCCUUGCACAACAUCUUCGGUUGCCUCACAACUCUGGGUAAUGUGUUCUACGCAGCGGAGACCGACCACUGGUGCAACGUUUUGCCCAACGAAAAUUGUUCCAACUGGGCGGAGUUUCAAGACAACUGCACUGACGUGAAGAAGUCCAUCUUCCUGCCUUCUCCUGGAAAUGGUUCCGACAUCAACUAUCCUUACUCAAAUUGUAAGCAGUGGGAGCUACCAGAUGGGUACGUAUUUGAUCCGUACGUACCGCUCGGGAACUACAACAAUUUCACUAAUGUGGAGGUGCCAUGUAAAGACGGAUGGGAGUAUGAUACGUCGCAGUACAAGACAACGACCAUCAUGAAUUUUGGUCUGGUGUGUGAUGACGCUUACCUGCCCAGCCUGGCGCAGUCCCUUUACUUCGGCGGUUUCUUGGUAGGAUCGUUCAUCGGAGGUUCCUUUUCAGAUUGGUUUGGUCGCAAGAAGGUCGUUAUAUGUUUCCAGCUGUUGUGGCUCGCAACAUUUAUUACAACUACGUUCUCAGUUAACAUCUACAUGUACAUAGCCUUCCGCGUUAUGUCGGCCUUGGGCUAUCUGGGAAGCUACAUGGGACUGUACGUGUUAGCUCUUGAAGUCGUUGGGAAGUCUUAUCGCACGGCAGUCACCAUGGCCUUAAGUAUAUUUUUCGCCAUAGGCUAUUUCUUCAUUGCGACGGCGGCCAUGUUUCUUCGACAAUGGCGCUCUCUGUCUAUGGCCCUCUCCAUAUCGUCAGUGGUUAUGAUGAUACCGCUGUUCUUCAUCCAGGAGUCCGUCAGAUGGUUGGUAUCCAAGGGCAGGAUCGAGGAGGCUGAACAAGUCAUCAGGAAAAUUGCCAAGAUGAACAAGAAGACUUUGCCAGAUGUCUUAUUCGAAUAUGAGGAUAUACAGGCAGAGACGGAAUCAAAGGAGUCGGCAAUACCGCCAUCCGUCAUUGAUCUGUACAAGACCCCCAACAUGGCGGUCAAGACACUCAACAUGCAGUGGCACUGGUAUGUCAAUAGUCUGGUGUACUACGGCCUGUCGCAGAGCACCAACGAUCUAGGAAUCGACGACUACUGGGCUUUCUUCGUGUCGGGAGCCGUGGAAAUCCCGGCCUAUAUCUACGCCACGUUUGGAGUGGAGUGGUUCGGCCGUAGACGGAACUUGGGAAUACUGGAGUUGAUUGGCGGCGUGGCAUGCUUGGCAACUAUCUUUAUUCCCAAGGGGAUCUGGAGGAUUGUUGUGGCUAUGAUCGGCAAGUUCUGCAUCUCGGCCACGUAUGCCAUCAUUUACGUCUACACUGUGGAGAUAUUCCCAACCCCAGUGAGGGCGGUUGGCUUGGGCGUGAGUUCGGUCGCCGCUCGUGUGGGUGGCAUUCUGUCACCCAUCAUUCUGCUCUUAGAUAAAACCGUGGCUAACCUGCCGAUGUGGCUGUUCGGCACCAGCACAAUCUUGGCGGGAAUUCUGGCAUUCUUUCUGCCGGAGACAAGAGGCAAAAAACUGCCGCAAACGCUGGAGGAAGGAGAAGCAUUUGGAAAAUGUCGUUGCAUGGGUGGACAAGCUAACGACGAGUCCAGUGUGGAACUUGAUGGCAUGGACACAGCAAAAGAGGGCGUCUUUGCGAUAUCCAACGCUGCCUUCGAUCACACGGAGGAGAAGGAAUAUCGCGACUUCUCGCAGCAAUUCACGCGUAAAGUUCGAGAGUCAUCCCACAUGUGAAUCAUGCAUUAUGCUUCAUUAAAGAACAAGAGUCUAGUGUGAUAAUGUACUCACCAAGGCAUGCUUAUAUCUAUUAUG